ACGACCAAGAAGGCGACACUUCCGGCUGCCAUCUUUGUUUGGAACGGUUUGCAACUUUGGAGAAGGUUGAUAAAAUAAAUCCUCUUCGGUUUAUCUUUGUUCCAGCUGGAUAAAGGUUUUUGAGGUGAACAUGGAAAUAUCGUCAAAUAGCGAAGCAGCACAUUUACACCCAACUCUAAGAAAACAGAAGAACUGGACAGCAUCUACAGACAUAUUUUCCAACAAAGAAGAUGGCUCUCCUGUGCUGGAUGGCAGUGGUGCUGGCUUUCUUCCUGUCUGCUGAUAACAGUGUGGAUGCUGUGGACAGCAGCAGGCUUGCAACACUUGUAAAUGGCAUCUUGAGAGAGUACAGAACACCUGGCAUGUUCAGUCUGGCUGUAAGUAUCCCAGAGGACCAGAACCGGAACAUUGAGGAUAUCCUUCAGGAAGUCUUCCUUAGUGAUCCUGGUGACGACGUGAAGAAUAACAACAAAAACGAGGUGUACGUGGGCAGCAGGGUUGUUGCAGCCAAAGUUCUGGAACGGUCCAAUAGAGGAGCGGAUCAUGCAGAGUCACGCGUUGUGGACCAUCUGAGCGAAUUGUUCAAGAAGAAUAAUUCCAAUGAUUUCUUGCUUUUCUAUGUUUAUGCCUCCCCAUGUGUUGAAAAAUGUUCAAGCGACACACAUCACGAGAGCAUCCUCAGAAGGAUUAAUGCCAUACGGGAAUGGAAAAGUUACGCUGUUGUGUUUUCUAAAAUAUUUAAACCCAGAAAUGGUCAGGCCAAUACUGAGCAAGAGCUGAGUGGAGCCCUUCAGCGACUCGGGACGUACCAGGGUACCGAAGGUCAAAUCGGUCUAAACAACAUAUUCCGUUGUGACAAACGAAAUAAUUGGAUGCAGUGCAAUAGCUGCCUCAGUGGUAAUCAAGUUCAACAGUAUUGUAUUUCAGAUCCAAAGAUUCAAUGAUCGGGGGGCUGCAGCUGCGGUAUCGAGGUCCCGCCUGCACACCAUGUCAAAAGUCUGGAGCUCUGAAUGAGCAGGAAUCACUUCAUGAUGUGAAUGUGAAAGCUGCUCAUUUAAUUCUGAGUAAAAGGUUUUGGUACAAUUCUAUUAUAUUUGGCUUACAGGAGACACACUCUUACUUUGAUGCACAGAUUUGAACAUUAGCAGGAAUGUAUCACAACAAGUGAAAGCAGUCAUCUGUUUAUUUGAAUGUGAAAUUGCAAUAAACAUAUUUUGUCUCUUAAAUCAAUGAA